AUGGCUGCUUGGCAUAGCACUCUGAGAGGCACCAUUUCACGGUCAUAUGCCUCCAAGAGUGGUAACUUGCCCAUACGGACCAUUGAAUUAGACAAUCGCUCGUUUUCCAAAAGAAGAGCCCAUUCGCCGUCAUCCAUUGUUAGCAAGCGUCUAAUGUCCACCAAUUCCACGGUGGGCACAUCAGAGCUCCCAGAAUAUCUGGAGACGCUUUCCAAAGUACCCAGUCUUCGUUCCAGCAUGGCGAGGGACUUGAAAAAAGGAUAUGUAGUGCUACUGCCACCAAAUACUAGUACCCAGUAUUACAAGUUUGGGUCCUUUUUUCUGAGGUGUGUUCACCCGGACACGAAGCAGAGGAUUGUUGAAAUUGGCUCGAUCCCAUCGGAAAUUACUCCUACCAAGUUACAGUGCGGAACCCUCAAAGAAGGUGCUCAAAUCACAUUACUGGAUGAAAGACAUUUUGGCAAAUUUGAUCCCAAGAGCAAUUCCUAUCCUAAAGUCGAGUUCGAGAAGGUGAUGUCAAACGAUGCAUCCGUUGGAGACUGGCUGAAAAAGAUUCAAACUUUCGGAUUCUGUUUCAUCAAGGGAGUCCCAAUUGACCCAGAAGCAACUCAGAGUCUUAUCGAGCGCAUUGCUUUUGUGAGAAACACUCACUAUGGUGGCUUCUGGGAUUUUACGGCCGAUCUCACCUUCAAGGAUACCGCAUACACUAAUGAGUCUCUUGGUGUCCACACAGAUAACACCUAUUUCACGGAUCCCGCAAGACUUCAGCUUUUCCACCUUCUGUCCCACACAGAUGGAUCGGGAGGCGAGAGCUUACUUGUGGAUGGCCUAUCUGCCGCCUCCGCGCUCCUGACAGAGCAUCCCGAACAUUACAAAACUUUGAUCCAGGUUAGACAACCAUGGCAUGCCAGUGGCAAUGAAGAUGUCUGUAUCCAGCCAUCCUUCACGACCCCUGUCUUUUCUAUCCAUCCGGACCGAGGGCGACUCUAUCAGAUUCGCUGGAAUAAUUACGAUAGAGCGCCCAAAUCAGACUGGUCAUUGGAAACCCAGAAGAAGUGGUACAUGGCUGCUCAGUGCUAUGACAGAAUCCUAAAUGAACCUCGAAGAAUGAUCCAGACACAACUGCAGCCUGGAACAGCACUCAUUUUCGACAACUGGAGAAUGAUGCAUGGCCGCACCGAGUUCACAGGGAAAAGAAGGAUGUGUGGAGGAUACGUCAAUAAUGAUGAUUACAUUUCACGGCUUCGUCUGCUUAGUUAUGGCCGAGAGGAGGUGCUGAAUAGUCUGGGAAGCCAAAACCAUCCUGACGCGGGAAAGGGCCCUUAUUCGAUUAUCUAG